GGAGGGCGGCGGGACGGAAUGCUCAGUUCCGGACGAGACCAUUAACGCCGGCAAGGGAGGGAGACGUUGUUGAGUGCUGCUUUCUGCUGCUGGUGGUGUUGCGGAGUUCUUGCAAUGGCCCAGACGCCGAAGCUCAUCUUGCUCUUCAGCGGGAAGAGAAAGUCGGGCAAGGACUUCGUGGCGGAGGAAAUCCAGAGCCAGUUGGGCCCUGAUGUUUGCACUAUCCUGCGGCUGUCAGAACCCCUCAAAGAGCAGUAUGCCAAGGAGCAUGGCUUGGACUUCCAGCGCCUCUUGGACUCCAGCUCUUAUAAGGAGACGUAUCGGCAGGACAUGAUCCGAUGGGGAGAGGAGCGGCGCCAGGCCGACCCGGGAUUCUUCUGCCGCAUUGUGGUCGAGGGCGUCACACAGCCCAUCUGGAUAGUGAGUGACACGAGGCGCAUCUCGGACGUGGAGUGGUUCCAGGACGUGUAUGGGGAUCUGGUGAAAGUGGUGCGCGUCGUAGCCACGGAGGAGACGCGAAAGAGACGGGCCUGGGUGUUCGUAAUGGGGAUUGACGACGCGGAAUCCGAAUGCGGCCUGGAUCAGGGCGUGCCUUAUGACUGGGUCAUCACCAACGACGGAGACCAGCUUUCCCUGGAUGCGCAGCUGGAGAAACUGCUUCAGCUUAUCCACAGCAAGCUGUAGCGAAACAACAGGCCCCUCGUGUUAUCUCCACUUCUUUCUCUUUCUCUCUCUCUCUCUCUCUGUCUCCCUCCACCCCACCCUCCAUUCCUUCGGGACCUGGGCUGGGGUUUGGCUGAAUCACCAAAGAAAGAGAAUCUGCAGAAUGCCGCUGGGCUGCGCUCAGUUG